UCUUCUUCUUCUUCUUCUUCUUCUUCCUCAGCAAUUCAGAGAAACCCUAAAUCUACAUAUCUGCAUAAAAUUACUGGAUCGAUUCCAAAUCAGUGCUUUCUUCUGCUUCUAUUCUGAUUCGUGGUUGGUCUCCUUGUUUCCCAUCGAAGAUGGAGUCGUCAAUUUCGAAGAAUACGAAACCAGGGACUCCGGCGAAAGAUUCGACCAAAUUCCAGUCGACGGUUCAAGAUAUUUCUUCUGGAUUUUUGGAGAAUUCUAACCCUAACGUUUCAUAUGCGAGUCCGGCAAGAUCCUCAGGGUCUCCGAUCACGAAAUCCGCGGGAUCUCCACUUGUGAAGUCAGCCAAAUCGCAGAAAUCGGCGCAGAAGAAUUUGAAGCCCAACCUUCAUCCUAAUCCUGCCGGUUUCUCGCCACGGAAUCGGAUCAGAGAGAGGAGGUUUGUGGUGGCGAAGAAGAACUCGCAGAAGGAGAGGAGAGAUGCAGCGGCUGUGGAUUCGGCGGCUCCGGAGGUGGAAUGCAAGUGCGGCGCGAAAUCCAAGGGGAACAUGAAGAAAUGUCUAUGCGUCGCAUAUGAAAAUCUUCGGGCUUCGCAGGAGGAGUUUUUCAAAAAACGAAGUGAAACGGAGGAAGCAAAGGGGGAUUUGGAUUGUUCUGCUGCACAAGAGUGCGAUCAUUCAGGUCAGGACAUUGUGGAUGCAGAUGAUGGCUAUGGAGAAGAACCUGGGGAGUUAGGUCAAAUUGGGAUGCCUACGAUGAAGAGGAGAAGAGAAAAGCUUCUGGAACAAGCCCGACAAAGUGUGCCUGAAUCCGGGAAAGUGAUGCAUCUCGUGGAAGCAUUUGAGAAGCUUUCCUGCUUACCACUUAAGGCAAGCAACAAUAAGGAAGAACACCAAACGGAAGAGACAGUGAAGAAACCAAUGAAAUGGGAACUGCCCGGAAUGAGACAGCCGCCAAAGGUGCCGGAGGCGGAGACAGACCAAGUCACGUGGAUCUCUUCUUUCUGUCCAUCUGAUUUGGUGUUAACGGCAGAGAAUCUUGGGUUAGACCCGUGUGCCUCAGUUUCUUCGUCAUGGGAUAGCAGCCGCAGCAGUAUUUCAAGUAGGAGCUCCAAUGGCGCCAGAAGGAGCAGAAGAAAUAGCCUGGAAUCUUCUGGAACGACGGGAAGCAGACAGUUGAAGAAGAAACCGGCCAGAGUCACAUCGCUGAAACCAUUCAAACUUAACACUGAGCAACGAGGAAAAAUGAAGGAAGAAGAGUUUUCAAAGAAGCUCCAGGAGAUGAUGAUAGAGGAAGAAAAGAUGAGAAUACCCAUUGCUCAAGGUCUUCCAUGGACAACUGAUGAACCUGAGUGUCUGAUGAAACCUCCUGUGAAAGAGAUCACCAAACCAGUCGACUUGAAGCUCCACAGUGACAUUCGGGCAGCGGAACGAGCGGAAUUUGAUCACCAGGUGGCUGAGAAGAUGUGCCUGAUAGAACAAUACAAAAUGGAAAGAGAACGGCAGCAGAAGUUGGCAGAAGAAGAAGAGUUGAGAAGGCUGAGAAAAGAGUUAAUCCCCAAGGCGCAACCAAUGCCGUACUUUGAUCGACCAUUCAUUCCUAGAAGGUCGAUGAAACAUCCGACCAUACCCCGGGAGCCAAGGUUUCACUUACCUCAGCAAAAGAAGAUCAGAUGCGGUAGCGUUUCAUCAUCUUGGAGCGAAACUGGAUCCUACACCUGCGAUCUUCAAGACUUCUAAACUCCCCUUUUGGCCUGCAUUCACCUAAAUAAUAUUUCCUGUCGAUAUGUCUGCUUUCCCAAACUAUAUCAUCUUCUUCUUCUACAACAAACAGAUUCAAUGCAGCAACCAAUAGUUGCAAGUUUUUGGAUGCUGCCUGUCUCAUUCGGGUGUGUUCCUACAUUGUUGUCCAGAGCCCGGACAAACAAGUAGAGUAGUAGUCUAGUACAGUUUGAUAAACACAUUCCACAUUGCAAUGCGAAACCAAUUGAGUUGUUCCUACACUCACAUCAUGCCACUCGUGUAAUCGCAUCAAUUUCUUCGUC